AUGACUUCAUUACAGAGCAAAGUCGACGCCGUCAAGGCGGCGGCAUCAACAACCACGACGUGCACAUCAGCAACCUCGGUGUUGCUCAAAGAACUUCUCGCGACAGAGAACGAAACUGUCCCAACAACAAAAACUACGUCACGAACAACGAAGACGACGGCGACAACAGCGAGGGGAAAGACCACCGGAUCAACACGAGCUGGUGCGACAGCAAACAAAAAGGAUGAACUGAGCGCGAAGGAGAAGGCUGCCCUCGCGGCACAUGUUAUCAACGUCGCACUCAAAUCGCUUACCGAGGCUUCCAAGCCUGCGCCUACUCCAGCGCCCACCACGCCAUGCCGACGACAAAACUCGGGCGAGGACCUGCGAAAACCUCCAAGCCGACGGACACUGAGACGAUCGAACUCGUUGCCAAUGACACCCAUGCAGCCGCGGUCGCUGAACAGAACCUCAACAUCGCCGAUGACUGCGUCCAAGCCGGCCCCCAAACCGACGACAACCUCGUCACCACCGACAACGUGUCUGGCGACAGUCGAGUGCUUGCGAGCUGCCUUCGCCUGUUUGAGAAGCCUUCAGACAUCGGGGGCAGUGGCCCUUCCUGAGCUUCAGUUGGAGAGUGGCAUGUCUUCAUAUGUCGGAAAGCUUGUUGGACUGGGUCUUCAAGAGCACGCGCUGAAAGAAUUGAACAUUCUCAAGCGGAGACUCGAGGCGUUGUCUACGUCGCCUAAACUUAAACUGAAAUCGAGCAAGGCGGCAGCAGCUGAGACGAAGAUCAAAGGGCUGGCAGAGCUUCUGAAUUUUGGUGACGCAAAGUUCUCCGGGCCAACUCUGGGCCUAGUUGUUUCAACUCAGAUUCACAUCUUGCGCCUAAUGUCUUCGACCAAGAAGGCUGCAAUCAUCGAGGCAGCUCUGCCCUCCUUGGCCUCCUCCUGCCCGACUUCGCCAACAAACCUUCUUCUGGAAUCCGCGAAAGAAUCAGCACAAGCAAAAGCUAAAGCUGCCCGACAACUCGACUUGCUUUCACAACUGCUCCUUUCGCUAGCCCCCAGCGUUUCAAACAAGGACGACGACACAGCGACGGAUCCGCGACUGAGCUGCUCCCCUAAUACCGCAUUGGAGUUGCAAGCGCUUGGGCUGGAGGCGAGGCUACAUUGGUGGCCAAUGGCUGGUCACAAGGCAGACGUUGAUAAGGACAUAGUGUCGCCACUGUCUAGAUGCCUCACCUCGUUUAUCCGUCGGGGCCAGUCAGAUGUGACAGGAUCAUAUCGCAAAUCUCUUGACGUUUUCCAGCGCGUCAACAACAUGAUCACCAGCCAGCACCUCAAGCCGACAUUGUCAUCCAAAUCGCCGCUCAUCAUCAUUUACCAGGCUCUGGGCACUGCAGCCCAGGCUGCUCGUUUCUACAAGGAUUCCGGCGAGUGGAUUUUGAAGAUCAAGGCAACUUUGGACCCAGAGAGCGACUCGGCGGCGAAAUGCUGCGCCAUUGCAGCGCAGCUUGUCGCUGUAUACGGAAAACAGGUGCCGAUACCUCAAGAGCAGUUGGCCAAGGUUUUGGCCGAAGUCAUUGAUGCGCUUCAGGGAUCACUCAAGGGCGACUCAACAGAUCUCCAGGAACUCAUGACCAAUCUAUCCGGUGCUCGCAGAUCAGCAGUUGGGAUUCUGGCAGCAAAAAAAUCAGAAGUGUCGGAUCAGAUUAUGGAUUCUCUCAACAAGCUGGUGUUGCAAUUCCCCCGAUUUUCCGUCCGAUGGCUCGGGAAGGCGCCCACGAGGGACUCGGCAGCCAAGGACCGUGUCCGUCAUGAGCAGAGACGACAGAUGUUACUAAGCUCCGUUCCUCAAAUCAUGGACUCGGCGUUGAUGGUUGCCAAGUCCUAUAUUGACAACAGCAAGAUGACGUGGGAGCUUCUCGAUGGCCUUUUGCAAGAGUGUCUAAUGCUGCUCGACUCCAUGGGCGAUAUCACCGCCCCUAGCUCAAAAGCCGAUCCCUCCAACUCUCACUACGUCAAGCUGUCACAUCUCUACUACAUGUUUUUCCACUGGUACCGCCGUAACAAUGACGGCAAGCCGGGCGAUAAGACUCUCCUGCGCGCCCUGAGACGAUCUGUUGACUGUGUCAAGGAUAGGCCCUCCGAGGAGAAGGACAAGGCGCAAACGACUGCUAAGCUGGAGUAUUUCGCAGACCUUUCCAAGCAUAGCGGCCGCACCAAUGACGCUCGCGACGCGCUCAAACUUAUCUGCACCAACAUGGUUGAGGAUGGCGUCUUGUCCGCAGUGGCAGCCUCCUUGUCCGAGAAGUCAGCUGCGGUGGCCUGGGGCGCUAAUGUCAAGACAGAGACGUUGUCGAGAACCCUGGGUGCCAUGGUCAAGCUCGACCAGUCUUGGAACGACUGGACGUUCUUUCUGGCGGAUAUCGAGCGGGCUGCAGUUCUGGAGCGCAUCAUUCAGUUGAUUUUAUCCGACUCGUCGGGCGACUCGAAAUCAGACAACAUCAAGGAGCCGGUUACCGAAGCCCUGCUGAGGAUUUACUCGAUCGACCGCUUUCCCGUUCGUCGCCUGCGUACUCUAGUUCAACUGCUUACCAUGGCAAUCGGCGACGCAAACCAUUUUCAAGACCUUCGAGAACAGACCGAAGCGGUUCUCGAGGCAUGUCGCACCCAGAAUCUUGGGGAGGACAGCAAUCUGGCAGGCUACGUGCCGGACCUUGAGGCUGGGUUUCUGUCAACUCUAGCUCUUGUGGAGUCCCAAUCUGAGUGGCGUACCAGCGAUUUUGAAAAGUCCAUUGGUGCUUGGCGGACCAUUGUUAGUGGGUGUCAGACUAAGGAGGAUAUGCUGUCCAAGGUUAGCGAUGCUGAAGGGCUGCUCAGGCAGCUGGGCGCGAUUGCCGAGUACGCGAAACUCAGGGGCGAGGACGAGUUCUUGCUUUCGAUUCUCACACUAUCCGCCAACAUCUCGCAGAAGCUUUCUGACUCAUCGACGGAUCUCCUGGUUCAAGCGCACAGCAACCUCGCAGAUCAGUACAUCCAUCUCGGCUACUCGGAGAAGGCCGAGGAGAUUUUGAACAAGGCAAAGGAGUUUGUACAGUCCUCAGGCAACGAUGUCGAUCUUGCCGCAGUCAACCUUUAUGUGUCAUUCACGGAGCAUGAGCUGGCAAAGCAGAAUUCCGAUGCAGCUCAAAAGAUGUUGCUUCAGGGCGAGGCCGUCUUUGAGAAGUCGUCUGCUAUUCGCAAAGCUCCUAGGCUGCAGAGGAAGUUGUUGCUUGCGAGAGCCGCAUGCCUAUUCUCCCGCAUCAAGUGGGACAAAGGUGAAUACCAACAUGCGCUGUUCCAUGCCAAGACUAGUGUCCGUUUUCUGUACCAAGACUGGACAAAGCUUGAGGCACGCUGGCAAGGCGCAACCAAGACAGACUCGGCACAGGUUUCAAGAGAAGGUUCACCAGACGCGGACAGCACCACCAAACCACCAGAGUCAUCGACAAGCUUGCUAGUGCUCUCCGACGGUCCUGACAACUGGGCCCUUGCCUGCGGCCUGCUAAGGGCGGUUCUCCAUCUUUCGUCAGUUUACGCCCACCUUGGGAUGUUCCAAGAGACGGUGUACUACGCAGAGAAGGCUCAUCAGAUUGCCAACGCCACGAAUGCCUCCAUCUACAGGGCUCAAGCAGCCAGUUGGAUCGGUUCUGUGUGGAUCAAGGCCUGCAAGCUGGACAAGAGUCUCGGGUAUUUGAAUGAAGCGAGGCAACUCAUGGCCACGGCCGUGAAGCCCACGCGCCAGGCUUUCCAGCUCGCGUGUGAGCUCAGCGCGUCUUUCGGAGAGAUGAAGGAUCACGAAAACGAAUUGCUGCUUCUCGAGCUCGCGGAGGUCACGCUUGGCACACUGAACAACAACAACUGGGGCGCCAUUACUGGAGUCAGCGAUGAGCAAGUGGUCAAUAAGAUGGCAAAGCUCACGCUCAAGGGCACUGCGACUGCGACGGCGGCAGCGCCCACGGCAACGCGACGAACGCGAACCACCAAGGCACCAGCUGCGGCGACCAAGACUACAGCUAAGCCGACCGCAACCACGAGAACGACAAAGCGUGCGGCGGUCCCGAAAACGAAGGCUGCAGCACCUUCCAAGGCUGUCGUCGUUGCUCCAACCAGCGACCACGCAUCUGACCUGAAGGCCUCCAUGCUGAUGUACAAGGCCCUCGUGCACCUUAGCAAGGGUGACUGGGCCGGAGCAUCGGCACUGCUCGAGGAAGCGAAGCAAUUGUCGACCAACCUACGGGAAUCUCUGCGGGUGCAGAUCAGCGAAGCGACGUGUCUCAUCGAACAAGGUAUCAAGCAAAUGGAGGGCGACUCCGUCUUCUCAGUCGUCAAGGAAUCGACUAUUUCGUACCCUUCCAUCCACGCCGCCUCCGACAAGAACACCACGGAAAAGACAUCGCCGACCGGGGUCUCCCCCCGGAAGCCACAGAGCCGGGCUGUCUCUGCAGACCGCAAGGCUUCAAAGGACAGUGCGACAUUUGUCGAGACCUUAGAACAAGCGCAGGCUCAGCUGAUGGAGGCUCAGGCUGCCGCAGCCAUUUCUGGAAACGGACAUCUGGUUCACCGCAUCUCAGCGUUGCUCCAAAGCACCGUCAUCUUUCUGUCGGCCGCUUCCCAGCAUGUGCCUAAAAAUAUGGGCAACUUCGGAUACGCUGCCUGCUCUGUCGAGUUCGCGCGAAACCUGACGUGGAAACGGGAGCGAAACACCGUAGCGACAGAACAGGUCGACCCAAGCUUCAGCGAGAUGGGCUGGCCGUUGGCUCUUCAGGUCAAGGACGACAGGCGCGCGAGCAUCGUCACUGCCGACGACAUGUCGAUCUUCCAACGCGACUACGUCGACAUCAUUCCCGAGGCCUGGAGCGUCCUGUCCAUCUCGCUCAGCGACAACCGUAAAGAUCUAUGCAUCACCAAGUUGCGAGCGGGUCAAAGCCCGUUUGUUCUCCGCCUGCCGCUGGAGCGUGUUGCCUCCAGAGAUGGCGAAGACGAGCUGUUUGAUUUCCAGCACGGACACGAGGAGCUCAUGGAAAUUAUCGGAGCGACGAACGCAAGCUGUCACAAUGCCGGCGACUACACCGCCAAGGGAGCCAAGUCGGCCUGGUGGGCGCAACGUGAACACCUGGACAACAGAUUCAAGGACCUCCUCGACAACGUCGAGCAGAUCUGGCUCGGCGGGUUCAAGGGCAUCUUCUCUCAACACCGCCAUCGUCCCGAGCUCCUCGCCAAGUUCCAAAAGGCCUUUGCGAAGAUUCUCGACAAGCACCUGCCCUCGCGAAGACAAAUUCGUGGCAAGAAGACGACCAAGACGCCCAAGAUUGCCCUGGAACCUCGCAUCCUCGACCUCUUUGUCGGCCUGGGAGACCCCUCGGCGCCCAACAGCGACAUGGAAGACCCCCUGAACGACCUCCUUUACUUUGUCGUGGACAUCCUCCAGUUCCACGGUGAGAGGAACGCCUACGACGAGAUUGACUUUGACUCCAUGGUUCUGGACACUUUUGACGCCCUGCAGGCGUACCACACCGCCGCCAAGACCUCGGAGUCCGAGGAGGGAGCACACAGCAUUCUCAUCCUCGACAAGGCGCUCCAUGCUUUCCCUUGGGAAUCCCUCCCGUGCAUGGAGGGCCUGGCGUACUCUCGUGUUCCCUCGCUGUCCUGCCUUCGACGGUUGAUCCUGGAGCAGAGAAAGGGCGGAAAUGUAGACGGCGAGACCAAUGAGGAAGAAGAGCACCGGCUUACGGUUUCCCCCCUGGAUGGCACGUAUAUCCUCAACCCGGGCUCGGACCUCAAGAACACCCUCGCCACCUUUGAGAAGCCCCUGAAGGGGCUCGGCGACUCGUGGACAGGUAUUGUCUCGCGGUGCCCGACUGAGGACGAGUUCGAGGGCGCGCUCAAGGGGUCGGACAUUCUCCUAUACUUUGGGCACGGCAGCGGCGCGCAGUACAUCCGCGGCAAGACGAUCAGGAGAUUGGAGAAAUGCAAGGCGGCGGCGCUGCUGAUGGGUUGUAGCUCAGCGUCGCUGCAGAACGUCGGCGAGUACGAAUGCCAUGGCCCCGUCUGGAACUACAUGCUCGCAGGGUGUCCCGCUGUCGUGGGCACCCUCUGGGACGUGACUGACAAGGACAUUGAUCGGUAUGCCGGCCGACUGUUCGAGGAGUGGGGGCUCAUGGAGAAGGGCACCUUUGCUGAUGACGGCAAGGGUGUCCAGGGGGCCGCCAAGGGCAAGUGCAAGGGCCUAUUCGCCGAUAAGAAGGGCAAGGGCAAGAAGAAGGAGGAGACGCCCGCGGCGAGCGAGGGCGGCGCCGCGUCGCUGGUCGAGGCCGUCGCCAGGGCUAGGGACGCCUGUCGGUUCAGGUACAUCACAGCCGGCGCGGUGUGCGUGUACGGCAUUCCCGUGUACGUCCGCAAGGACUAG